AUGAAGGCAAUCACUGAUGAUAUAGAACUGGUUGAGAAAAUUGUGAUUUGUCCUGAAGAAUCCACACCCAAUAAGAGAAUGUUCUUGUCGAAUAUUGACUUAACCCUAGUUGCUUAUCAAGAUUCUUCCUCCUUCUUUGAUCCUCCAAGUAACCAAAUGAGCUUUUCUGAGAUUUGUAACAAGUUGUAUAGUGCUCUACGUCAAAUGCUUGUGCAUUAUGACUUCAUGGCUGGUCGUCUUGUGCCAAGUUCAGAUGGUGAUCGUUUUGAGAUCGACUGUAAUGGUGCCGGCAUCGUUGUCGCCGCAGCAAAAACUGAUACAGAGUUGAGUGAAUUUGGUGAUAUGUCUGUGUCUAAUCCAAAGUUAAAGCAGCUUAUUGGUUUCUUGCUUGAAGAGGAUGAAGAAAUUGACUUGAAAGAUAAGCCUCUUACAUCUUUACAGUUAACUCAGUUUGGAUGUGGAAGCUUGGCACUUGCCUCUCACUACAACCACUGCACACUUGAUGGUAUAGCAAUAAGUGACUUUGAGAAGAACUUAGCUGCCUUAACAAGAGGUGAUAGCUUCAGAAUAAUACCCAAUGCAGAUAGAACAUUUCUUAAAGCAAGAAACCCUUUAAAAAUUUCUCACCCACAUUAUGAAUACUCCAAAACCACAAGCACAAACAGUAAUAAUGUGUUCACUUCUCGUGGCACAAGUGGCAUCAGAAUCACCAGACCAAGAUCCCUAACAGAAAACAAAGUUCAUGUGCUUCAUUUAUCAGCACAACAAGUUUCCAGCUUCAAGAAGAAUGCUAUGAUGAAGCAAAACACCUUAAAGAACAUCAGUUCAUUUCAAGUAGUUGCAGUGAGAAUAUGGAAAGCAAGGAGCUUUGCAAUGAAGAUGCCAGAGGAAGAGAUAUCCACAAUGCUAUUCCCAGUUGAAGUGAGGAAGUGGAUUGUGCCAGAACUGCAAGAAGAAGGGUUUGCAGGUAAUGCACUGGUCCCUGGAUUUGCUAGGGCCACUGUGAAGGAGCUCAGGGAAGAAGAUGAUGUUUCUCUGAUAAGGAAAGUGAAAGAGGGGAUUGAGAGGAUAGAUGAAGAGUAUGUGAGGUCAGGGAUUGACUGGUUAGAGGAAAACAGAGGAGUGCCCUGUUCAGAAAACAGUUUUUCAUUGGUGGCUUGGAUGAAAUUAGGGUUAGAGGAUCAAGAAUUUGCUUGGGGUAGAGUAAAAUGUGCUACUCCACUUGAACUUAAGGCUGGUUUGGUUAUGAUGUUGCCGGCAACAGAAGGUGAUGGAGGUCUUAAUAUUUGCCUGGAUUUACCUGAAGAUCAGAUGCAAGAGUUCUGCAGAAUCAUGCUUGAAGUAUGA